UCCAAGGCGAAAGCAACGCAAACAUAGGCAAGAGAGCAGAAGCGUUCCGAGCCCGCUGUCAGUUUGUUAGUGCCCGCCGUCUUCGUGUGCCGUGUGCGUGUUUUCGAAGCAGAGCUUUAUUGAACCCGGUUUUUAACCUGCCAGCCAACCUACCGAUGGUUGUCGAGAAAGGUGAUUCUCGUUGUUGCGGGCAGACCCAGUGUGCGGAUAGGCACUAGCGAGUAGUGAGUGCGCGGGUGAAGAGGUGGCUGACUUGCCAUUAGCGACUUGAUUGAUUGAUUGAUUUGAACAUACAGACCGCCGCCGUCGACUGCCUUUGUUCGCUCGCUACGGAGUGAAGUCGACCGAACGCGUCAGUUUCAAAAUUUGCGUUUGUCGGUGCGUUUCGCGUUUAUGUUUCGAUCCUAGUUGCGUUUUCUGCCUGUUGUUCAGACAAGUGCUCAUAUACUUUGAAAAUGAAGGAUCAAAAUCGGUUACGGCGAAGGAUUAUUAGCAGUGUUUUGGUGUGUUGUUGAAUGACACGUGAAGAAAACGGUUGAAAAGUUUAAUUCCACUUUGAUAAGUUGAAUUGUGUAACUGGUGCGUACUUAACGACAGAGUGAAAAACAAAAAAAAAGCGUUUGCUAACGCGCAAAUUCUGUGAUUUUAUAGCGAGUAAAAAGUGUAGUGAAAAAAUGUUGUGCAGAAGUCCUCCUCCAGCGAGUCCGGCCGGGUCGGAAAUUUCCGUCGGUUCACCCAGUCCACCUCCGGUGGACCACCAUCAUCAUCACCACCACCUGCAAAAUCAUCACAGUCGAGGUGACGACUACUUUAGCCCAUUGAAGCGGCUACGGAUGAUCGAGCAUCACAGUACGAGCCCUAAGGAACCUAGUCCUAAGCCAGAGCCCUCAAGUCCGCCUCCAACUGCUGCCGCAGCUGCAUCGAGCGUGAAAUCGUUUUCGAUAGCGGACAUUCUUGGCCGGGACACAGAAUCUAGCAAUCGGGACAGCGCACUAGCCCUGCACCACCAUCACAGUACGCUGCAGGCAGCCGCAACAAAAAUUGUCCGACCAUGGGAUCACCUUCGAGGUCCGAUUCCCGUUCGGCCGUUCCUGCCGCCCGCGCUGCUACACUACGAGCAUCGAUUGGCGUUAGACUACCACCAGCAGCUGCAGGAGCAUUUCCGGGCGCAGGCCCAGCUACUGCGGCACAUGAGCAUGGACAUAAUCCCCUCGGAAAGUGGCUCGGAGCGGUCCAGUUCGGCGGCCAGUGGCGAUUGCUGUUCGCCGGAAAUCGGACGAAAUUCCGACCACCAGUCGUCGCAGUCGUCCUCUUCGGGCUCGAACAAUAACAACGGCGGUGGCACCGGCAGCGGUAGCGGGAAGGUCUCCGGCCAGAAAACUACCCCCAACGGAACGCCGCUGGAUGCGCUGUUCCAGAUGACGAAUAAGAACUUCGACGAGGGCAAUGAAGAUGGGGAGCAAUCGCAUUUGAACCUAUUUGCCAACCGACCCCAACCAAAGAAGAAGAGGAAAUCUCGGACGGCCUUUACCAACCACCAGAUUUUCGAGCUGGAGAAGCGGUUCCUGUACCAAAAAUACCUGUCGCCCUCGGAUCGGGACGAGAUCGCGGCGGCACUCGGCUUGUCCAAUGCCCAGGUAAUAACCUGGUUCCAGAACCGCCGGGCAAAGCUCAAGCGGGACAUGGAGGAGCUGAAGAAGGACGUCGAAACGGUCAAGGUCCUGUCCGCGCACAAAUCGUUCCUCGAAAACGUAAACGACAUGAACAUCCUCAAGAAGAAGAUAAUGCACGACGACGGUGGCAGUCCGCACAAAUAAUAUCCGCCGGAGCCACCGGUCUUCGCCGGUGGCGGUGGCAACGUUGGUGGGCAUCGCCCGCCGCCGGCUUCGAUCAGUGCCGUUAUCGGGCCGUGCCCGGCAACGCCGGCCGAGCAGCAGGCCGCCACCAAAACGCUAAUCAAUCUCACCACGUACGGCCGACUGCUGCAAUCGAUUGCCUCCGAUAAGACUUGAAAUCCCUCCCAGUGAAAUGCGUGUGUCAGUGCCAGCAUGCGGUGCAGUGCUGCCAGUUUCAGAUUUACUUACGUGUGAAGUUAACUACAAAACUGUUGUAAAUUCCUAAAGCUGUGAAUGACUGAAGUGUGAAAGCGAGACAUACUGAGCGAGUGGUGACGAAAAUUUGCCCAGUGUUGAUAGUUUAAUCCUAUUGUUUAAAUGUUGUUUUAAAGAAAGAGAAUUUUUGUCUUUUUAUAUACCAAUUAGAUAAUUUAUUCGAUUCGAGGAUGUUCCUCCGGUCUCAGUAUCCUGUGUAAUUUAGUAGGAUAAGUCGCUUAAUCCAGGUCGAAUCGUAUAGAUACGUUAGUUUCUUAUCGCUCGCAGUAAGAUUCUUGUAAUUUAUGUGUACAUUAUAGCAAAUAAACACGAAAAAGUGAACAUCGAGAGACUAAGCAUAUUGAUCAAUGAAAUUAGUUAUACCUGAUAGUUCCAUAUUCUAUGUUACUGUAAAUAGCAUCCGAUCAUCGAACAAAGCUUGAAUCGUUCUUCUUUAUUCGAGUUUACUGCAAUACAUCAGAUACAAUGUCAUGUGCAUACGUUUGAACGACUGCUAACCUAAAACUCGCACAAGCGUUUGGAUAUAAAUAAAUUUUGAUGGGGCACCAAGAAAACGUUCCUAGAAAAGCAAGAAUGCAAUAAUAAUCAGUUGUGAGUGGCGAUACUUGAUUUAAUUAACGAUCCCCAAGAAAGCAAUUGUUGUAAAUAAACGCUAAUGAAUUGGAUUAAAAGCUCAAGUGGUUUUCUCAACCUUAAAACGAGGGGUCGAAAAAUAUUUUAUGAUUGCACCUUGAAAAUUAAAAUAUUUCCAUUUAAAUUUGAAAAUUGCAAGUCUCAACAGUUUAUUGGAUUGUUUUUUAUAAACUCCAAAUUCUUGCUCAAUCAUGACAUUUUAUUUAUUAUCAGAUAAACGUAAAACAUCUUCCAAGAUUGCCCCUCAGCAACUCGUUUUAAGGUUGAACAACAUGGCAGGAGCAGGAACCAUACCCUCGUUCGUGUCGCUGGCCACAGAAGCCGCUGCCGUUGGUAACCAAAACGAGUAUUAAUUGAAAAAUGAAAUGUAAAAUAAUGUUCCCUAUAUAGCGUUAUUAAAAGAGCGCGUAAAAGUGGGUAGCUUAAUUAACUGUGAUUACGGGAGACGGCAGCGGCGAACUGGCAAAAAGACGAAAGUCGUGCAACAGUGUGAGAAGUGAAAUGAAAUAUCAUCCAGUUUUCCCCCCUUUCUAGAGUAGCAGUUGUUGCAGUGGAAUGAGUUUAAAGGGUACGAGUAAACAAGCGGACUCAUGAAACAAGAAAAAUUGUACAUAUUUUAUCAUUAUUGAAUUUUUUCCUUCUCCGGGAGUUUCGUUGUGCUAAGUACAGCCAAAUGGCUCCAUUGGAGCGAGUACUAAAGAAGAUGCGUAAUCUGGAUCAAUCAAACGGCAAAAGUAUUUCUAACAAAAUCAAAUUGAACAAAACUAUGUACAUGAAAUGCUUUAUGAUAUGAUCUAAGCUGAGUAAACAUGUGUAAUAAGUAUGAAUCGAAAACAAGUGAGAAAUCACAAAUCAGAUGAAAAAAUAUAAAUCUCUAAAUCAUA